AAAGAAACUUUAGAUGACCGACUUCCCGUUAGCAACCAGGCCUGGCGUAACGGUUCCUAUGCAAGAUUUGUUGACGUUUGCUCUUACAAAGCAUUCAAGAUGAGCGAACAACUUAAAUUUAUCGUUGAGCAGCUGAACAGAGAACCCUUUAAGAAAAAUUUUAAUCUUAUUACCUUUGACUCACUGGAGCCGAUGCAGUUACUGCAAAUUCUAAACGAUGUUCUGGCUGAAAUCGAUCCAAAACAAGCUAUAGAUAUACGCGAGGAAAUGCCUGAGCAAACAGCCAAGAGAAUGUUCACACUUCUAAGGAUGCUGAAAUACAAACCUCCUGGAGGCAUUUCUGAAGUAAGUAGUUUUCGUCAGGGUUUGGUAACCGGGAGUAAGCCUGUGGUGCAUCCCAUCCUACACUGGCUGGUCCAGAGGAUUCCCGAGCUGAAGAAGAGGGCUUACCUUGCUCGCUUCCUCGUCAAACUAGAAGUGCCUGCUGAGUUUCUCCAGGAUGAUAUCAUCGCUGAGACUUACCACCAGUAUGAGGAGCUGGUGGAGACAUUCAAGAACCUCCACAAGGAGUGUGAGCAGCUGAAGAGCUCAGGUUUCUCCACAGCUGAGAUCCGUCGGGACAUUGUGGCAAUGGAGGAAGAGAAAGACCAACUCAUCAAACGGGUGGAGCGUCUUAAGAAGAGGGUGGAGGGAGUGUCAAACCACCAACGCAUGCUGGAGCUGGCCAGACAGUUAAGAGUGGAAAAAGAAAGAGAGGAAUCUCUCGCUCAUCAGAAACAGGAGCAGAAGAAUCAGCUUUUCCAGGCAGAACAGAGACUGCAAAGAGCUCAGCUUCAGCUAAAAGACUUGCAGCUGGCAGCUGCAGAUGCGAAGCCAGAAAGCCUCAUGAAGAGACUUGAGGAGGACAUCAAGUUCAACUCCUACAUGGUGUCUGAGAAGCUGCCCAGAGAGCUGGAGAACAUGCGAAAAGUUGUACAGUACCUACAGAAGGUGGCAUCUGAACCAGCAAUGGGCCAAGCAGAACUAAGGGAACUGGAGGAGAAGAUCAGAGAAACCAACACAGAGAUUAACCAGCUCAUUGAGAAAAGGAUGGUGCGUAAUGACCCCAUGGAUGAUAAACUCUCGCUCUUCAGACAGCAGGCUACUAUUAUAGUCCGUAAGAAGGAGAGCAAGGUGGAGGAGUUGCAGGAGGCCCGUGAGGAGCUGGCAGCUGUGGAGAAAGAGCUGAACAUGAAGAGCAGUCGGGCACGAGAGCAAGGUGGAGCAGAGCUGAUCCGUGGGGAUGAGUUCAAGCGGUAUGUGGCUAAGAUGCGAGGCAAGAACAGCAUGUAUAAGAAGAAACGUCAGGAGAUGGCUGAGCUGAAGGCGGAGUAUGGGGUUCUCCAGCGGACUGAGGAGAUCCUGAGAGAUCGACACACAGCUGGACAACAGCAGCUGCAAUCUCUGGAGGCCCAGCGGGGAAUCUCAGGCUACAGCGAUACUCAGGAAGAACUGGAAAGAGUUUCCGCUAUCAAGAGCGAGCUGGACGAGAUGAAGGGACGAACGCUGGACGACAUGUCUGAAAUGGUAAAGAAGCUGAAUUCAGUAAUAGCAGAGAAGAAGUCUGCACUAUCUCCACUGAUAAAGGAACUGAGAGCUUUGAGACAGCAACACGCAGAACUUGCUCCAGACUACGAGCAAAGAAAGGCUCAGUAUGAUACCUGUGCCGCAGGACUGGAGAGCAACAGAUCCAAGCUGGAACAGGAAGUCAGGACACUCCGGGAGGAAAUAGCACAGGAAGAAAGCCGAUAUCAUUACAUUAAUUGCAUGAAAGAGAUUAUUGAGAGUCAAAUUCAAAGAGCAGAAAAUCAGAGUAAGAUCGGUCAAUCGAUGGACUUACAGGUGCGGCGGACCGCUCUCAGAGAGAAGUACAUUACACACAUAGCAGAGCAGGAGUCCUUAGGCAAGGUUCUGCGUCAGCAGGUGAAACAGGUGCGAGAGAACCAGGAGCCCAACACGAAACAGAUGAAGAUGUGGAAAGACCUGGAGAAGCUGUUGGAGUGUAAGAAACAGUGCUACCUCAAGGCACAGAGCCAAGCUCCUAUUGGACAUGUUAUCCAAGAUGUGGGCAAGGAUAUGCUGGUUCUGUGAAGCCAUUUUGCUAGUAAAAGUGAGAAGAACCUUUCAAUUUCAGUUUGUAAUGGUGUACAUAUGUCUUUCUAGUCAUUAGGAAAUAAAAUUUUUGUAUGUUAGUGUAUACCAAUAAA